UAUGACUCGAAGUCUAAAUCGGGAUAUGAAAAGCGCUGUAAAAAAAAGAAAGAAAUUGAAUUCAUCGAAUCUCAAAGGGGUGCUUUUCAUAAGUUUUUGACAAAAAAACCUCAAGUAGGUGAAAAAUCUGGUACUUCUAAUGAGUUAGAUGAAAUUGUUGUUGAUUGUGAGAAUGCUGAAAUUUUAAAAAAUACUAUUGAUGAUGUUAACAAGGAUAUUACAAAUAAUUCAAAUGAUCUGGAUGAUAUUUCUGGUGGUGAGAAUGGCAAUACUAAUGUUACACAAAAUGAUUCUAUUUUAGUUGACAUAUAUGAUCCAAGAAAAUGGGAUGGUCUUGAUUCAAAUUUGAUUGAUGUUUUGGUAGUAAAUGGUCCAAAAAGAGACUUAACUAUAGUGAAUGGCCCUAAAGAUAAAUAUUCUAGAAGAUUCUCUUCAACUUUUUAUACUAGAUAUUUGUCUAAUGGUGAAACUUGUGAUAGAGAGUGGCUUGUUUACUCAAAGGAGCUUGAUAAAGUUUUUUGUUUUUGCUGUAAAAUAUUCAAAAAAGGUCAUGGAAAAGGUCAAUUAACAAAUGAAGGCUUUAAUGAUUGGACUCACCUUAGUACUAGACUUAAAGAACAUGAAACAAGUGUUGAUCAUGUAUUGAAUAUGACUACUUGGUGUGACCUUCGAUAUAGAUUGCCACAAAAUGAAACAAUUGAUAAAGUUGCUCAAGAAUUACUUAAAAAAGAAAAGGAAUACUGGAAAGAUGUUAUAACUAGAAUUAUUAUUAUUGUGAAGUAUCUUGCAAAACAUAACCUAGCAUUUCGCGGAAAAAAUGAAAAGCUAUAUAAAACUAGGAAUGGCAAUUUUUUGGGUUUAAUUGAGAUGUUGGCCAAGAUUGAUCCUGUGAUGAAAGAGCAUGUUCAUCGUAUUGAAAGUGGAAAGAUUCAUCAUCAUUAUUUGAGCCAUGAUAUUCAAAAUGAAUUGAUACUCUUAAUUUCUUCUAGAAUAAGAUCUGUUAUUAUAAAAACCAUAAAAGAUGCAAAGUAUUUCUCUUUAAUGUUGGAUUGUACGCCUGAUGCUAGUCAUGAUGAGCAGAUGACCUUAAUUCUAAGGUGUGUUGAUAGCUCUUUUGAAAUAAGAGAAUAUUUUGUUGAAUUCUUGCAAGUUGAUGAUACGACUGGUCAAGAGCUUUUUCAAGUGUUAGAAAAUGUUUUGAAAUCUCAUGAUCUUGAUAUUGAUAAUGUUAGAGGUCAAGGAUAUGAUAAUGGAGCUAACAUGAAAGGUAAAAAUCAAGGUGUGCAGAAAAGACUAUUAGAUUUGAAUCCUAGGGCUUUUUAUACUCCAUGUGGUUGUCAUAGUCUUAAUUUAGUUUUGUGUGACAUUGGAAACACUUGUACGAAAGCAAGAGAUUUUUUUGGAAUAGUCCAACGUAUUUAUACUUUAUUUGCUAAUUCUACAAAGAGGUGGCAUAUUUUAAAAGAACAUGUGAAAGGUCUUACUCUUAAAUCAUUGUCGGCCACACGAUGGGAAAGCCGUGUUGAAAGUGUUAAGGCUAUUAGAUUCCAAAUUGUUGAAAUACGAGAAGCCGUACUUGAAGUAGCUGCUAUUGAUAACGAUACUAAAAUACAAAGUGAAGCGAAAUCCCUAGCUGUUAAUGAACUUGGUAAUUUUGAAUUUUUGCUUGCUAUAACUAUUUGGUAUGAAAUUUUAUAUGCUGUGAACUUGGUUAGCAAACAUUUACAGUCAAAAGACAUGUUGAUUGAUACUGCCAUGAGCGAGAUAAAGGGUUUGGCUUCUUUUUUUAAAAGUUAUAGAGAAACCGGAUUUUCAAGUGCUAUGGAAACUGCGAAACAAUUAGCAAAUGAAUCAGGAACUGACCCUAUAUUUCCUCAAAGGCGUAUAAUACGUAGAAAAAGACAAUUUGAUGAGAUGGUUGGUGAGGAAACAUCACUAUCUUUAGAGGAAGAAUUUAGAAUUCAAUACUUUUUAUACAUUGUAGAUCAAGCAAUUGCAUCAUUAGAUAAGAGGUUUGAACAAUAUGAGUUAUAUGAGAAUAUUUUUGGUUUUUUGUUCGAUUCUGAGAAGCUCCGAUCACUUGAUGAUAUUAAACUUCAAUCUUGUUGUAGUCACUUUGAAGAUGCACUUAGAAAAGGUGAGGUAUCAGAUAUUCAUGGACAUGAUCUAUAUAUUGAGUUAAAAUUGUUUAGAGAGAUGUUGCCUAAAGAAAAAAUGGGAGCAAGGGAUUUAUCAAUAUUUUUGAAACGAUUUAAUUGUUUUCCAAAUGUAAUGAUUGCUUAUAGAAUCUUACUUACGGUUCCUGUUACUGUUGCUUCAGCAGAAAGAAGCUUUUCAAAGUUGAAGUUGCUUAAAUCACACUUACGGACAACUAUGUCGCAGGAAAGACUAAAUGGCCUUGCUUUGAUGGCGAUCGAAUGUGAUCUUUUGGAAGAAAUUGAUGAUGAAAGUGUUAUUAGUGAUUUUGUUUCAAAAUUUACAAGGAGGGCAGCACUUUUCAAGUGAAUGUCUUAGUUUUUACAUGCUUAUUGUGUAAUUUGAUUUAAAAAAAAAACUAUCGUUCAAAUAUAUAUUUUUGUUUUAUAUUUUUGAUAUAUUUUUAGCUAUAGAAAAGGGCCCAAUUUUAAAUUCUGCACCGGGCCUUCCGUGGGUUAGCCCCG